GAUGGGGAAUAGAGUUCCUUUGAGCCGAAUAGCCAGUGCACAUUUCGUGAAGAUGGAGAACACAAUGAAGACGGAAGAACUUUACAAGAUGUUUCAACGCUUAGGCGUUAUGUAUACGGAAUAUGUCCAUCCACCUCUGAUCGCUGUGAAGCAGAGUCUAGAAAUUCCAGAUUUCAAAGGGAAAUAUGAUAUUAUAGUUAAGAAUUUAUGGCUAAAGGAUGAAUCGAAGAGAUACUACUUACUUGUGGCACUUCACGAUACUAAAAUCGACUUCAAAUACCUUAGUAAACAGGUUAAAGUUAAGCACCUACGCAUGGGACCUGAAGAGUGUAUGGAAGCCAUGGUUGGGAUGAAACGUGGCCAUCUCAACCCAUUUGCCGUUGUCAACGACAAGAACAAUGAAGUGAAGGUGCUUCUAGAUGAAAGAAUCAAGGAGCAGAAGGAAAUCAUGGCCCACGCUCUACACAACACUACCAGCGUCUGCAUAUCAACUGAAGAUUUGUUACGUUUCCUGAGGGAGAAUAACCACGAACCAACAUUCGUUGCCACAUGUGGUGAAGAGACAGAAGUGCAGCCAUCGGCUGCACAACCGGCUGUUAGUCAGCCUGCAACAGCGAAUGCCGAUAAGGAGGGCCACAUCCUUGGCAUCACAGUUAAGAAGGACACCAACUUCCCCGAGUGGUACACGCAAGCUAUCAUUAGAGGUGGCAUGGUGGAGUACUACGAUAUAUCUGGGUGCUACAUUUACUUGCCCAGCAGCUACUUCAUAUGGGAAGUCUUCCAGCAGUGGUUCAACGAAAACAUAAAAAAGGAAGGUGUUGAAAAUUGUUACUUCCCGAUGUUCGUGUCGAAGCAAAAGCUUGAAACUGAGAAGAACCACAUUGAAGGGUUCAGUCCGGAGGUGGCGUGGGUCACGAAGUACGGUGACUCAGAUUUUGUGGAACCGAUUGCCAUUAGACCUACAAGUGAGACUAUCAUGUACCCGGAGUUUUCUAAGUGGAUCAGAUCUCAUCGUGACCUUCCGUUGAAGCUCAAUCAAUGGUGUUCGGUUGUCAGAUGGGAGUUUAAACAGCCCACUCCGUUUUUGAGGAGCCGUGAGUUUCUUUGGCAGGAGGGGCACACAGCUCACAAAAGUGAGGAGGAUGCUAUGAACACAGUGAUGACUAUGCUCAGACUCUACCAGAGGUUUUACGAGGAGUUCCUUGCGGUUCCGGUGAUUCCCGGGGAGAAGAGUGUUGAAGAAAGGUUUGCCGGUGGUAAAAGCACGAUGACUAUAGAAGCCUAUAUACCUGGCAGUGGAAGGGGUAUACAGGCGGCUACAUCCCAUUUGCUGGGAACCAACUUUGCCAAGAUGUUUGACAUUGUGUUUGAAGAUGAAAAUGGCGUCAAGCAGUUGGCCCAUCAGACGAGUUGGGGCUUCACCACGAGGAGCAUUGGUGUAUCCAUCAUGAUUCACGGGGAUGAUCAGGGAUUGGUCAUUCCCCCGAGAGUCUCUAAGGUGCAAAUUGUAAUCGUACCUAUUAUCGCUAAAAAGGAAUUGCAAAAGGACAUAAUGGCUGUAGCCGAAGACAUGUAUGCUCGACUGAAGAAGGCAGGGUUCAGGACCCAUCUUGACGAUCGUGUUGGAUACACCCCGGGCUUCAAGUUUAACCACUGGGAGCUACGGGGUGUGCCACUGAGGAUCGAGAUUGGCGCCCGUGAUAUCCAGACCCAAAGCUGCAGGGUGUGCUACAGGUACAAUGGCCACAAAACAGACGUUAAGCUGGAGACCUUGGAGCAGAGCAUCGGCGAAGCCCUGGAAGACAUCCAGCGCAAGAUGUACGAAAGGGCGAAAGCUCAGAUGGACGAGUCUGUGGUGAAGGUCAUGGAGUUUGAUGGCGUCAUGCCGGCGUUGAAUAGUCAGAAGCUUGUCUUAGUGCCAUGGUGUGAAGACCCUGAAACUGAGUCAGAGAUCAAGGCUGAAACGCAGCGUCUAUCCCAGGAAGGCAGUGACGGUAAAACUGGUUCAAUGAAAUGCCUAUGCUUACCGUUGGAUCAGCCUGAGAUGCCACCAGGCACGAAGUGCUUUUGGACAGGAAAGCCUGCAACUCGAUGGGCGCUAUUUGGACGCAGCUAUUGAUUGCCAUAGAUCAUAUGACAUUUACUAAACCCAGUGUGCUAGCGUUAA